AUGGCCGUGGUGCAGGCGGCGUCGGUGCUGGGGAGCUUCCCGUUCAGGGCGGCCGUGGUCGCGCUCUGCGUGCUGCUGCUCCCGCUCAUCCCGUCGCCACGGGCGCCGGCGGCGGGGGAAGGGGACGGGGACGGAGGCGGGCGGCAGGCGUUCUUGGCCAAAGUGUGGGAGCUGCUGCACCUGCUCUUCGUCGGGAUCGCCGUGUCGUACGGGCUUUUCAGCCGGAGGAACGACGCUGGAGGGCGGGUCGGUGUUGGUGAGAAGGAUGCUGCCGCGGCGGGGAAGGCGGACGCGAGGUACGUCUCGCGGAUGCUGCAGGGCGAUCUCGUGUUCGACGAUGAUGGCGAUGACCGGGUGCCGGACAGCCCCCACGGUGGCGGGGCGCGGUCUUGGAGCGCACUGCACCACCCGCAGGAGCCUGUGGUCAUGGUGGCCUCCGGCGGAGGCGGCCGGAACCACGCCGCCCAGCAGGCGCCAAUGUCGCUGCCCGUCCGGAGCCUCAAGCAGCAGGACUCCGGCGCCGCGGGAUACGGCAAUGGCGAGGCGCGUGCGCGGCCGCGCGCCCAGGAGACCGUGCUCCCUUCUCCAAUCCCCUGGCGAUCACGGUCCGGGAGGUUCGACGCGUCGACGAACAGCCCCUCGCCGUCGCCGAAGAGGCUGUCACCCGCGUCGUCCAUGUCCAACGAGACAUUGGCCAAGGCCAGCGAGGAGCAGGCCGCCGUCCCGAAGCGGAGGAGCACGCACAAGUCCUACAUUUCCUCCCCACCGCCGCCGCCGCCACCUCCACCUCCAUUCCUUGUCCACGGCUACCACCCUGUGGCUGAGCGCCGGACCACGGCGGCGAAGAGCUUCAAGGAGGAGCUGCAGGAUCACAGUACAAGGGGCAGAGGAGAUCGUGACCACUACUCGCAGAGCUUCAGCAAUUCUUCUACUUACACCAACUCGUCUCCGGCGAAUCCAAGAAGCUCUUUCGACGGCUCCUCCUUGUCGUCGGCGCCAUCACUUGGUAAAUCGGUGAGAACAAUCAGGCCGAGAGAAGGGAUUCAACCCCAAAUCCAAGAACUGCCUGACGAAGAAGAAGAAGCCGGUGAUGCACCGGAUAAUUCGCAUGGUUCAGAAGAGCCAUACGGAUACAACGCUUACCAAUCCAUCCCCAGGUUCCAGUACGAGAGAGGGAGCAGCGACCCGAUCCUGGGCAAAGUGGCUGUCUCCUCCGACGAGACCGAAAGCAGCGACGAUGACGAGGACGGCGUCGGCGCGUACUCGACGAGGACGAACUCGCCGAGGGAAUCGCCGCCGACACCGGAGGUGGACGAGAAUGAGGUGGACAAGAAGGCGGAGGAGUUCAUCGCCAAGUUCAGGGAGUCGAUCAGGCUGCAGAGAAUCGAAUCGAUCAAGAAGUCCGCCGGGCCCCGUGGCGUCAAGCAUGGCAAGUAGCUCAGCUCGACUCGCCGCCGGUGAUCAUCCAUCUCCGGCAGGCGCUGGUUUUGCUAAUUAAGCUUUUCAGUGAACUGCUAGCUAAUGUUCAGAGAUAACAUACUACGUCGUUAUAGUUUUCAAGAACCACCUGUAAACAUUCAUGUAGGUGAUGAAUGGGAGUGUACUUGUGUUCAUGCCAUGAUCAUGACAUGGCAUGCUGGUAUUUUUGGGGGCACAAUUAAGAGAUCGACCGAUCCAUCUCUAGGGUUGAGGAUUAGGCGUAAUUGGUUUGCCUAAGUGAAUGCUGCUACCACUGUAUCUUCUUCUGCAACUGACCAGCUGUAGUACUAUUCUCUAUUUGGUCAGUAGUUCAGUUCAGCUUAACUUUACAGCAACA